GUCACGACCGUGACGUCCGUUACAACAACUUCGAGGACCACGGCGACGAUCACCACAAAAACACGCACAUCAACGACGACGAGCUUCAUCUCCACCACUUCUCUCACUUUAACCUCCUCCACAGUCACGACUGUCACCACGACGUCGGCCACCACUACCACCAUCACGACCACCACGCGGACUGACACAACGUCAACAUCGGUCACCACAAGCACAGAGACCACAUACAGCACGAUUACAUACUCGACCACAACAACCUCCUCUGCCACGGCGACCACCAAGACCUCUAGCAGCACGCACACCACAUCUACUUCAGAGACUACAGUGACUACAUCUUCGUCGACGGCCACGACGGUGACCACCAGCUCCCUUACCUCGACCUCCACCACGCAAACACGCAGCACAAGCACUUCGAGCAGCAAGACGGAAUCCACCACGACGUCUUCGUCAAGCACGAUGACGACGAAGACCACCACGUCAACCAGCAAGACCUCCACU